AUGCAACAACAACCACCAGUGCAUCAACAAAAUAGUGGCAGAGGUCCUUCCUUGGAGGACUUAGUGAAACAGAUGGCCACCAGCAAUCUGGAGUUCCAACAAAGGACAGAAUUCAUAAUCCAAAAUUUGCAGACACAGAUUGGGCAAUUGGCGACAUCAAUGAACCAGGCCCAACCUUCCAGCAGCUCCCUUCCAUCACAGACAGUUCCAAAUCCAAAGGGAAGCGGCAAUGUUAGUGCUAUUUCUCUGCGGUCUGGCAAGCAACUGAAGGAGCCAAACAAAUCUGUUGUUGAGUCAUCUCAAGGAGGUGACAGUAGUUCAAGGAAGCAGAACACUGAUACUUCUGAUAUCCACAUUCCAUUGCCUUUCCUACAAAGAGCCAUUCAAUCUAAGAAGCAAGCGGCCAAAGCUCAAGAUAAAGAGAUUCUUGACACCUUCAGAAAAGUAGAGGUAAACAUUCUACUCUUGGAUGCGAUUCAGCAAAUUCCAAGAUAUGCCAAGUUUCUGAAAGAGUUGUGCACCAACAAGAAAAGGCUGAAAGGAGAUGAGCGAGUUAGCGUCAGUCAGAAUGUGUCAGCACUCAUCCAGCCCAUGCCCAAGAAGUGCCAAUAUCCAGGGACGUUUACUAUUCCUUGCAUUAUUGGAAAUUCUAUUUUUCAUGAUUGUAUGUUAGACUUAGGAGCAUUCAUUAAUGUUAUGCCUGAAUCUGUGUAUAAGUCUCUCGGUCUUGGUCCCUUGCGUGCUACUGGUAUAGUGGUUCAGUUAGCCAACAGGAGUAGUGUUCAUCCUUCUGGUGUAGUUGAAGAUAUAUUAGUUAGGGUGAACAAUCUGAUUUUUCCUACUGAUUUCUAUGUCUUAGGGAUGGAGGGUGAGACUCCUAGUAGUACAAUUAUACUUGGUAGGCUUUUCGUGAAAACUGUUAAGACUAAGAUAGAUGUGCAUGCUGGUACUCUUUCUAUGGAAUUCGGUGAUAGUAUUAUCAAUUUUAAUAUUUUUGAUACCAUGAAAUAUCCUAGGGAAGAGCACUCUAUUUUCUGCAUUGAUUUUAUUGAUGAUAUUGUUGAUGAUGCUUCUGUUGAUUUGAUUGCUGAAUAUCUAGAAUUUUCAUCCUUCCUUGAUUCUGAUCUUUCAUGUGAUUGUAAUGAUAGUAGUGACUGUACAAUUUGUGCUGAGAUCGCCUUGUGCUGUUUUGAUUUUAAUGAUUCAUUGAAUGAUUUGGGUUCUGUUUCUAAUUCUUAUCAUGAUGAUGAGCCUGACAUUGAUUCUGCUUUGCAUAGUGGUUCUACAUUGAUGUUGAAUUCUAAAUUGCCUGUUGAAAUUAUUGAGGAUCAUGAUUCUGUUUAUGAGGAUUUGAUUGCAGGCAUAGCUGUUAAUGUGUUUUCUGCAGAAUCUGCACCCACUAGACUUCUUCCAUCCAUUGAGUAG